UUUGAAUCUUACUCACAAACGAAAAACAACAACUUAGCAAUGGCAACUCCACCAAAGAAACCAAUGACCGCUUACUUCCUCUUCAUGAAAGAACAAAGAUCUGUAGUCAAGGAAUCCAAUCCUGACAUGAAAGUUUCCGAGAUUUCUAAAGAACUUGGCAAACUUUGGGCAGAACUCAGUGAUACCGAAAAAGAGAAAUUCAAAAACCUCGCAGCAGAAGCCAAGCUCCAGUACGACGAGGACCUAAAAGCCUACAUCACCGAGCACGGUGAGCCUUCCAAAAAGCCUCGGAACUCCAAAAAGGGUGCCAAAAAGGGUUCCAAAAAGAGCUCAAAAACCGCCGAUCCCACAAAACCCAAAAAACCGCUGACUCCCUUCUUCCUCUUCCAAAACUCACGAAGGCAAGCUCUCAAAGAAGAGAACCCAGAUAUGGCUCACAAAGACAUCGUCAGAAAGAUGGGUGAAGAAUGGAACCAAAUGACCGAAAGUGACAAAAAAACGUUCAUUAACCAAAACAAGAAGCUUAAGGUAGCCUACGAGAAGGAGAUGAAGGAGUGGACUGAGAAGAAGGAAAGUGAUAAGGAAGAAACUAGGGAAGAUGAAAGUGAUGACUAAAAAGUGGUAGAAGGGUGUAAAAAGUAAUUUUUUGGAUUUUUAAA